AUGGCUUCUUCUUCUGCCGACGCUCAUUCGCAGCCGAGACGGCCUCCCCCAAUGGCGAGACAAUCCUCGACGUCCUCUCAGGUGUCGCAGUCGCCGUCCGACACCCACCAGAGAGCUGCACCGAAGGUCCCGCGCCAGCACGUCGUUGGCGGCAGCCGUAUGCAGAGGAACGCAUCCUUUGGCAAGAAUCUCAAUAAGCUGAACAAACCUACCCAGGCCCAUGGCGGCGAUGGCAACGCGGCCAAACACCACCGGCGCUCCCAUUCUGGCAACUCCACUUCCGCGCCCAGCAGCCCGCGCCCGAGCUUCAAACGCAAUGCAUCGUCUGGCGGCAUUGUGAAGGCAGCUAACCACACACACGGCCACGCUGCGAUACGCAAGAACUACUCAAGCGGGCACCUGGCGCGGCAGGGAGGGCCGAAAACUGCACUGAAAUCAUCAAAGAGCGAAAUAGCACCGCCGAAGCGUUCGCUGGCGAAUCCCGGUAAAGGCCGCCAACAGUCACCGGACGCUCACCCCACCGUCCACUUUGACGUCGGGAACGACGAGGAGGGCCCGGACGACGGCUGGACCGAAGAGAGCGCUUCACAAUCACCCACCACGACGCGGUCGAACACACGCUCGAACUCGGUAAUACUAGAUCCACAGAAGAUGACGGGAGGAGCCGAGGGCAACACGGGAGAACGUUCACGGACAGAGGCAGACAACCCCGAGAUCCAUCCGCUUUCAAGUGGCGCCACUCAUAUACUACCCGACCGCACGCGCGAUCCACGCCAGACGAACGGCGGCAACUCCCACCACCAUUCACGUCCGCCCGACGCCGACAUGAUCACAUCGCGGCUGCUCCAGCGCAGCUCGCACCACAACCCUCCUCCACAGAUGUCCUCAAUCACGGCGGCGGUGGUAUCGAACCACCAGGAUGCGCGCGAGCUGAGCCAGAGCGCAGGCUCGACCUUGGUCGAUACGCCUGGAAGGGACUUGGUGUCGCGGUUCAUGGACGGAGACGGCUCAGCUGGGACACCGAACAACAGUAGCUUCUUGCCCUCGCGCAAUUCCCCGCAGGCUGCAGGAAGCGAGCUUGACAAGACGAAGAGGAACAAAUCUAUGCCAAACGUCGCAGGUCAAGACACACCUACGAAAGCGCAAUCUCGCCGGUCGGGGACGAGCACACCGACUGACCUGCCGCCAUCGAGGACACAGCAGAAGCUACUGCUUCAGCGAGCCUCUUCAAACAUUGAACCCCAGAAGCUGGUCCCCGUUAUUCUCCCUCGGACCGGUGGUCCCACCUUUCUCCACUCGGGGAUGACGUACACUGGAGAUAAUGAAGGACGCCUCGAUCCUCGCCUCCAGCACCAGUUCAAUCACGUUGCGGUCGAAUACGACGUUGUGCGACGGUAUCGCAAUCCCCUCGCAGAUGCAAUCGUACGAAUUGAGCAGAUUCCUGGAACUCCCCGCAAGACUCGCGUGCCGAGGUCGGCGGGUACCAAUGGCUUCGUUACCGUGCACGGCGGCAGCAGCCUGAGCACAAGUUUCAACGAUGAAACGGACGGCUCAGGCACUCGGCGGUCGCGAGUCAGCUUUGAGAACGGGCGGCGCAGUCGCGACGAUGGCGACCUUGAAGGCAGGCAAAGUUUCGAGAGUGACAACGGCAGAAUCCGCAACGAGGCAGAAGAAAUCUGUCGGCGGCUGUGGGAGAGCAGCGAGGUGGUCGAAGGCGACUGA